UUAAUAUUUCUCUGUCUCUCUAAAACUCAGCUUAGUCAACCUAUAAAUAAUUAUGGUUUUUUGUGUGUCUGUCCUCCAUACAUGACAGCAGUAGCAGCAGCAAUGAAGAGUGAAAAAUAUUCUGGAUGCAAAGUAUUCAAAGUAAAAAUGUAUUUGCUCAGCUAUUGACGGAUGGUGGAUGGAUGGAUGGUACUACACAUGGUGGUGGCUUCAUAAAACUAAAUAAUUAACCAAAUGAUUAGUGAAUGGAAAGCGACAAAAAGCAACUUGGAAAACGGCCCGUUCUGCCAACCAUCAUAGAAAACAAAGUGCAGCAUGAAAUACAGAGGAAAAGCUCUUGCAGCAUAAUUAAUAAUUGAGUUAAACAAAAUAACAACAACAGCAAAAAAUUAUAGUUCGGUCGCAAUCACAACAGAAGAGUUAAAUAGUCAAGCGAUGGCGCAACAACAUUAUUGUGUCGUCUCUUCCAUAAGACCACCUGGCCACCGCCCUAAAUUCGGAAUUGAAGUCUUACUAUUGGCAUUUUUAACGUUGGAUUUUCUCCGGCCACUGUUUAUUACCGCUCAAGAAGCCCCUGGCGAUACACCUUAUUACUAUUUGGGCUGUUAUACAGCUCGUGUGGAUUUGACGCAAGAGCAACUGUUUAGCAAAGGCCCACAGGUAUGUGUGGAGUUCUGUGAGGUGAAGGAUUAUAGCUUUGCUGCACUAUCUUCGGAUAAAUGCUAUUGCACCCACACCAUUGUUGCCGAAGACAAACAGGAUGACCAAUUGUGCUCCACCCGUUGCCUGGCAAGUAAAUCCGAAUAUUGUGGUGGUGUUGGGGUCCACAGCUACUACUCGACGGAAGUAGCCAGAAGUGCAGCGGCCAAAGAAUUGAAGGUGGUAAAUGCCAGCCAAAAUAGUUUAACCAUCUCUUGGUUGGGUCACAACAUCAUGAAGCACUUCAUUGCUGGUGUAGAAUCGAUGCCCAUGAUAAGAGUCACUAAUUACAUGAUUAAAACGGAACGCUUACACACCUACUCAACACAACCGUUUUACCAACCACCCGAGUUUAUAGUGCAAGGCAAUGAGACAAAAUUUGAAAUUACAGAUUUACAUCCAGCAACAGAGUACAAAAUAACCGUUCAGUCAUUGUGUGAAAGCAAUACUCAGGGUGCCUCAAAAUGCGGCUUAGCCUCCGUGGAGGGCACUACAGUGGUGGGGGAUCCUAGUCCUCCACCACCGGCACCAAAGGUUUUGGCCUCCUCCGAUAAGACUAUAACCAUACAAAUACGACCCAUACGAAACAAUAAUGGUCCAGUGACUAAAGUUUUGAUCAUAGUGGAACGUGUUGAUGAUUCCAUAACCCAACCAUUUGAUAGUGAAUUGUUGGGUAGUUGGCGUCAAGCUGAAGAAAGUGGUUUACCAUACUACAUUGCAGCUGAAUUGGAUUACGAUCGUCCGGGUGAUAAUAAGACAAGAAAAUUCGUAGUGGGCGAUGGUAAGCGAUAUGGCCGUUAUACAAAUCCUCCGUUGGACAAUAAAAAUUCGGAUUUACACAUCAGUUUGGGUGUGGUCAGCACUUUGAAUAACAUCACCAAAACCCUUUACACGCGCAGUACACAUGAGCAGCAUGUCAGCUCUAUGGAUAAUUUCACCUAUUCCACUUUUGAAUCGGGCUCCAAUUCUGUGGUAGCCCUUAUUGUGACCUGUUCAAUUUUUGGAGUGUGUUUCAUACUUUCUGUGAUCACCUAUUUCUAUUUGCGUUACAAAACGUGUCAAAUGCAGGCGGGCAGAGGAGGCAAUUCGCAUGAAAUGACCAUGCAACAACCCAUCAUAGAUAGAGAAAAUAAUGGAUUUGUCAUGGAGGAUGAACCGCCUCAUAAUGUGGAAAGUUUUAAGGAACAAUUAAAUAGUUUGGUAGAUCGCUUGGAAACCUCCAAGAGAAUACCACGCAAUAAUUUGCGUUUAAAUGUCAACGAUGUUAUUGCCAUGGGCAAUUAUGGAGAUGUAAUAACAGGAAAACUUAUGCAGAACAGCCUGCCUGAAUCUACUGCAGAAUGCCAACUUCAUGUACUAUCCCUGGAUGAAUUGACCAGUACAGAUCAGGGCAAGUUGUUGCAAGAAUUUCGCAACUUGAUAAAACUGCAGCAACAUCCCAAUAUAUUGGAUUUCUUUGGUGUUUCGGCCAGCACCGAUUGGUUUUAUUUUGUAUUCGAACAUCAAACGGUUACUUUGAAACGUCGGCUCAUAGAGAGCAGACGGGCCCCUAGUUCGGCACCCGUGCAACGUAUUACUUCAUUAUCCGAGCAAAUGGUAUUGCAAUGGAUUUAUGAAAUAGCCAGCGCCCUGGAGUAUUUGGCAAAGUCAAAAGUGGUGCACAAGCAUUUGAGCUCACAUUGCAUUUAUGUUACGGCCGAAAUGAAAUUGAAAGUUUCCGUUUUUGGGCCCACACCAUAUAUACAAAACCAAAAGAAGGUGGAUCUGACACGAUGGCUGGCUCCCGAAGCAUUGCGUUAUCAACAUUAUUCUUCGAAAUCGGAUGUAUGGUCAUUUGCAGUAGUGGCUUGGGAAUGUUGUUCCUUAGGCGCCACUCCAUAUUCUCAAAUCAACAAUUCCAAUAAAGUAUUGGAUGCCUUAAAAAGUGGUUCACGUCCCGCCCAGCCUUCGUUUGUGUUUCAGGAUUUAUAUCAAAUGCUCUUGAAUUGUUGGACUCUGGAGCCCAGUGAGCGCACUAGUUUCGAGGAUAUCACCUUUAAUGUAAGGCAAAUGAUGACCUCUCCACGCCAUUCCCUAUGCUUCGAUGUACAGCCCAGCAAACCGGGUGCCAAUGAGGCAGUACUUGAUGCUUUGCCAUUUUAUAUGCCAGCUUUGGAGAUGGAAAACUAAAGGAAUGACAUGAAAUAUGAGGAAAAAACCAAUGGAAUGUAGUUAGCGAUAUAGGACAUUAUCACGAUAAGCUUUACUAUAUUUUAUUUAGUUAUUACAAAAAAACACAAAAUUGUGUGUUUUAAAUACAGUGCCUUAGUCCUAACAAAAAAAGAAUGACCAUUGUAAUUUAUGUAAAUAAAACUAGAAAGUAGUUAAGAAUUUUAGUUCUUAAAAAUUGUUGCAAAUUUUCAGAUGAAGCAAUUGUAUGCUGCAACCCACUAGUCUUAUUGACCAAACUGAAUGUUUGUAUCUUAACUGAGAGAUAAUCUUCAAACAUCUUUUCUCACCUUCUUCUUCAAUUAUAUCGUUAAUGUAAAUUAUCUUA